AUGUCGAGUCGCGCAUCGAAUAAGCGACAAAGUACGGGCGCUCCCGCCUCUGCUCGUGCUCCUAAGAGAGCUCGAACAGUUCAUAGCGGCGCAAAUGACGAGAAGUCACCCUCACGCCGUUGGGCAAGAGGGAUUCUCCGAUGCAUUUCUGAACUCCCUUCCUCCGAUCUCGCAGCAGCGUUGGGAAUCAUACCAGAUACCAUCACUGAUACCUGGAGUCAAGAGGAUGAGGAUUUCAUUCAGGCCGUUUGGGAUGAGAGUCCGGAAAAGCAAGAGGUAUCCAGGAUCAACAACUCUAAGAACGCCGCUCUGCUCAAGUUGUGGAAGUGCCAUUUGCGUGUCCUGCGAACCUCACCGCACCGGGUGAUCUCUCCCUUGUUCAACCUGCGCUACCAGACGCAAGGGAAUAAUAAUGCUACAGUGCGUGGCACAUUCUCACUGGCAUUUUGCAACAGUUUCACGGCGCUUCUUCUACACCCCUGCUGGAAGGCAAAGGUGGACCGAAUCGUCUGGGCUUUGCAAUACGCUGUCAUCUGUCGCCUAGAUGAUCGACGUAACUGGCCAGCCGCUUCCUUGGGAGUGAAGGACAGUUGCCCAGCCCUGAAGUCCCUUUACGAGGAACUGAGCGCCAUGGGUAAUUUGCCACGGACCCUCCACUCGAUGCAUGUUUCAGCAAGAGGACGUAUUUUGCGUGAUGGAGAAACACCAAGCGUGUAUUCUAACUUGCUGCAUCGCAUUGGUGAAAUGGUCUUGGCGAAAGAGACGCGAAGACCCCGAGUCAGUCCAGACAACCUGACAUACAUGGGGGUUGAAGUCUUGCCUUUGACUGGAUGGGAUCUUGAAAUCAUUCGAGAAGCUGUUGACUCUAUGGCAUUCCCAGAUCCGAAAUGGCAGUUCCCCGUUUCUGAGGCCUACGAAAGUUUCAUGAUCGAGAAUGAUCACAAACGAGGGCCCACGGUAAAGAAACUGCCCGAACUUUUCGAGCUUACCUUCAAAGGUAUGCUCAGAGAGGUCAGGUUGAAUACUCGACCACAAAGCGAGAUCGACAACUCAACCUCGGAUAUUCCGAUGGACCAAGAGAUUGGGCCAGAGGAGGAGUCAGAGGAGGAGGUAGAGGAGUCAGAGGGCUCAGAGGAGGAAUCCGAAGAGAACUCAGAUGAAGACGAGGAGGAGGACGAGGAGGACGAAGAGGAACCAGAGAAUGUACCAGGAUCUGGGACUGAGGCUCCUGAGUCUGAACCUCGCGAGUCUAUACCUCGUGAGUCUGAACCUCGCGAGUCUAUACCUCGUGAGUCUGAACCUUCCCAUGAAGAUGAUUUCCUGGGUGGUUUUGACGGUUUUGACCUUGGCAAUGAAGAGGAUAAUGACAUCUCAGCCCCAGCUGGUGAUGAUCGUACCCCUUCUAGAUCAAACACCGGCGCUCCCUUUCCGACACGAUUCCGUCGCGCAGGAGAUAACGGCCGGACGCUCUCUUCCCUUUUUCCGAACGGCCCCCCACCUAUUACACCUAUCUACGGGUCGUCGGCGAACACUCUGACCAUCGACAGAGAUGCCUUCGACACUCUGCUGCAGGAACAUGAAUCCCUGGAGGCAGAGAACGAAAGUAGGAAGGAGGAGAUUCGGUCCUUGAAGGCCAAGACUGAGUCCUUGGAAGCGGACCAUGCGUCUUUGGAAGACGAACUUGUAUCCUUGGAAGAGGAUCAUGCGUCCUUGGAAGGAUACCAUGCGUCCUUGGAAGAGGACUACAAGUCGUUGGAAAAGGACUAUAGGUCGUUGCAGUCAAGGACCAUGAACUUGGAAGCCGACAAUGUGUCUUUGCAUUCAAAGACCAUGAACUUGGAAGCCGACAAUGUGUCUUUGCAUUCAAAGACCUUAUCUUUGGAGACAAAGUUCGCUGAGUUGGAGAGACAGUUCAUUGCGAGCCAAGCUCGAGUUGCCGUGCCACAGGUCACGCAAAGCGACAAGGCCAGCGGUGCGACGCCCAGAGCGACUGGCCCUGACACUGGUCUCAACCCUGAGACUGAGCAUCAGCGACCAGGUCCAAGACCAGAUCCACAGCCUGAGACUUCCACUGGAGUACAGGAUGAGGACGAUGGAAUGGACGAAACUCACCAAGAGAGUUCUCACCCUGUUGAGAAGUUGACUGAGAAGGUUGUUGAACCAGACCAAACCUCUCAGUCUAUUCCAACUGGCGAGAACACCCAGGGUGAAGUGCCUCAAUCUCAAGCACCAGAACAGGAUGCGAGAGACAAAGGCCAAGAACCUGCAUCGACAGGUAAAGCCCCUGAAAAGGAGGCUCCAGUCAAGCCGAAUAGCGGUAAAGUAAUCUCAUUUGGGGUCCCAAGGCACUCGGAUACCCCUAUGAGAAGUCUACGCAUUCGACAUGGCAAAAAGAGAUUGUUUGCAAGCCGAUUUGGCUCAAUGGCCACUCGUGCGGUAGACGAUGACCCAGGCAAGAUGAAGCCUUCCUUCCAAAACUCUAUGUAUAAGGACCUUGACGGGUUUCUAAAGUAG